AUAAAUAUAAAUAAAGAAGAAAUGCUCAUUUGAUGAAGUGAACGCGCCAAGUGAAUAUUAUUUCCGCAGCACAAAAUGACGAGUGAAAUUAUAAGUUUUUAUAAGGACAAAACGGUUUUUAUAACCGGAGGCACAGGAUUACUGGGCAAAGUGGUCAUAGAAAAGCUGUUGCGGGCGACGGAGUUGAAGCGUAUAUAUUUCCUGGUUAGAACCAAGCGGGGUGACACAAUGGAAGCACGAGUUGAGUCUUGGAAAAAGGAUCAGGUGUUUGAAGUGCUUCUUAAGAAAAAGCCGCUGUCCCUGCAAAAGGUGACUCCAAUUUCGGGUGACUGCUGUGCCCCGGAUUUGGGCAUCAGCGAGGCGGAUCGCAGGAUACUGGCCGCGGAGGUGCAGGUGCUCAUACAUGGAGCCGCUUCGGUGCGAUUCGAGGAGCCACUCGACCAGGCACUGAUCAUUAACACCAGGGCAGUGCGACUCAUUACCCAGCUGGCAAGGGAAAUGCGGCUGCUCGAGUCUUUUGUCCACGUCUCGACAGCAUUCUCCAAUUGUGUGGUGCAUCAAAUCCAAGAGCGCUUCUAUCCGGAACACCUAACCUGUCCCGUUGACAAGGUACUCGACAUACGCGAUUCGCUCAGCCCCGAAACGUUCGAAAAGAUGGCACCUGCCCUAAUUGGAAAAUUCCCGAACACAUACACCUACACCAAGGCUCUGGGAGAGCAGGUGAUCCAGGAGGAGGCGAAGGGCUUGCCAGUCGGCAUUUUUCGACCAGCGAUCAUUUUAUCCACCUUCAAGGAACCCGUGCGAGGCUGGAUUGAUGGCCUGCAAGGGCUGAUUGCCAUGAUAUUUGCCACUGCCUACGGGUUUGUUCACUUCAUGCUGGUUAAUCUGGAGAGUAUAGCUCCCGUAGUUCCGGCCGACUACUGCGUCAACGUGGCCAUCGCCUCAGCUGUCCAGAUAGCCAAGGUCUCUAAGCAGAAUAAAAAGAGUCCGCCGCCCAUUUACGCUUUUGCACCCAGCGAAUCGAAUUUAGUCACUUAUGGAGAACUGGUCAACGAAUGUUACCUAAAUGGGCUGGACGUACCAAAUGAAAAAAUGAUCUGGCACCCAUUUAGCCAUUGCACCACAUGCCCCUAUCUGUAUAGUAUCGGCGUCUACUUCUAUCACAUGCUGCCCGGACUUAUUCUGGAUAUUGUCCUGCGUGUAAAAGGUCAAAAGCCGAUGAUGAUUAAGAACUAUCACAAGGUCCAUGAGGGAAUGCUGAGUUUGUUUCCCUUCUCCAGAAAAACCUUUACCAUGGACAUGAAGAAUACUGACGAAAUGUGGCAGUCCAUGUCCAGGGAGGACAAGGAGAUAUUCAACUUUGAUAUGUCGACAUUGAACUGGAAAGAGUUUUUCACGUGUGUCAUGGACGGAUUACGACUGUAUUUGUUUAAGAACCCCCGGACGCCAGAAUCCGUUGCUCGGGGGAGGAAAAUCUUAAAAAAGUUUUAUGUAUGGGAUAGGCUUCUCAAAACCGUAAUAGUUCUCUUAUUUGGUGCCUUUAUUUGGUUAUUAGUCAAAAAUGUAUGGGCACUACUAUAAAUGAUUAAUGUACUAUAAUAAUUUAGCAUGCACAGGGUUGAAGGGUAAAACGAUGUGAUAAAUUUCAAAUAAAUAUUGAGUUUGUUUUUGAUGGAUCUCAAAA